UUACAGGACCUGGUGACCUUUGAGGACGUAGCCGUGGAGUUCAACCAGGAAGAGUGGGCCUUGCUGGAUCCUUCCCAGAGAACGCUGUACCGAGACGUGAUGCUGGAGAAUUGCCGAAACCUGGCCUCACUGGGAUGGCGUGUUGCUAAGCCCAAACUGCUAAGCCAGCUGGAGCAGGAAGACAAGGUCAGGACAGAGGAGAGAAGAGUUCUCCCCAGCCCUCGUCCAGAUUCGGAGCCUGCUUUGAAAGCCAAGUGUUUAGCUCCUAGGAAGCACGUCUUUGAAAAAGAACAGUCCAAAGGUGCCAGCGUGGAAAGAAGUCACCGAGGGGCAAAACUCAACGAAUGCAAUCAGUGUUUUAAAGUCUUCAGUACCAAAUCCAACCUUACUCAGCACAAGAGAACCCAUACUGGAGAAAAACCCUACGGCUGCAACCAGUGCGGGAAAUCCUUCAGCAGCCGAUCCUACCUCACCAUUCACAGGCGCAUCCAUAAUGGGGAGAAGCCCUACGAGUGCCAUCACUGUGGGAAGGCCUUCAGUGACCCCUCAUCGCUUCGACUGCAUGUGAGAAUUCACACCGGAGAGAAGCCCUACGAGUGUAACCAAUGCUUCCACGUCUUCCGCACCAGUUGUAACCUCAAAAGCCACAAGAGAAUUCACACCGGGGAGAAUCACCACGAGUGUCACCAGUGUGGGAAGGCUUUUAGCACCAGGUCCUCCCUCACCGGACACAACAGCAUUCACACGGGGGAGAAACCUUACGAGUGUCACGACUGUGGGAAAACCUUCAGGAAGAGCUCCUACCUGACACAGCACGUGAGAACUCACACGGGAGAGAAACCCUACGAGUGCAGUGAGUGCGGCAAAUCCUUCAGCAGUAGCUUUUCCCUCACCGUGCACAAGCGAAUACACACAGGCGAGAAGCCCUACGAAUGCAGCGACUGUGGGAAGGCCUUCAAUAAUCUCUCCGCCGUCAAGAAACACUUGAGAACUCACACUGGGGAAAAGCCCUACGAAUGUAACCACUGUGGGAAAUCUUUCACCAGUAACUCUUACCUGUCUGUGCACAAGAGAAUACAUAACAGGUGGAUCUAAGUUACCAUGCGUGUUCCGGGAGGAAACCCUCCCUUGAUUUCUCGCCCCUUAGAGACACCUUGCAGAACUCAUCAUGGGUGUUGGAGUUCACCUGUUGCUAGAUAACGAGUUCCCCUCCCAAACUGUGGCAUCAGUCGUUUAUUAUGUCAGAAUGUGAAUAAGUUAGGAAUUCGGGAACAGCUUGGGCCUAGAGUUCCGGCUCCGAGUACAACUGUGAAGUUAUCCUCAGGGUGUCAGCUAGAACUG